AGUGUCUACCCCCGCAAAUAACUGUCAACCAUAAACCCUGUGUGGGAAAAUGACAGCGGAAGAUUCCUACACAACAUGGAUGGGUGACCUAUCCCCAGAACUAACGCGUGUACCUAUGUGUUCUUUAGCAAUACCAGGGUCUCAUGACUCGGGCGCAUACUGGCUAGACAAGGCUGGUGGAAUCGCUGAGGACGAACCGUCGAUACUCCGGAGCAUGGCCAACAGCUGCUGUUGUGUUGUCCCAAUUGUCCAUCGAUGGUCUCUGACACAAAAACUGACAGUAAAAGGACAAUUAGAACACGGAAUUCGCUACCUUGAUCUACGUCUGUGUGGACGUCCCGGAAGCCCCGAUGUAUAUGUUGCUCAUGGCCUCUAUGGUCACAAACUUGUAGAUAUUCUCAUGGAAAUCAAAGAAUUUCUGAACGAGAAUCCAAAAGAGUUUGUUAUUCUGGACUUUAACCAUUUUUACAACAUGACUUCCGUUGACCAUAGACAGGUUUUGCAUCUUAUCAUUGGAACAUUUGGUGCCAAGAUCCUCAGUGGGGAUACUUCAAUGUCGGCAUGGAAAAUGACAUUGGAAAACAUAUGGAAAACUCCAGCAAGAAUAAUGGUGUUUUAUGAUCACCCAUCUCGAAAUGAAUUUCCUUUCUUUUGGUCUGAAGAAUAUAUCCAGUCUCCAUGGGCCAACACCGCCAAUUCUUUGGCCCUUGUGAACUUUCACGAACGUAACUAUAACCAAAACGUAAGGAGAGGAGCGGGUGAAUUGUACGUAUGGCAGGGGAUACUGACACCAUCGGCAAAGACAAUCAUGGCAAACUUGUGUUCCUCCCUCGAGAGUAAACUUGUUCCGCGGGCAACUCCUGCGUUUUUGGGUUGGUUAAAAAAGAAAGUUCCUAGUCAUGUUGGUAUCAAUAUUUGCACCGUGGAUUUUGUGGACAAGCAUGAUUUUGUUCGUGAAGUUCUUUCAUUAAAUAAACGCAUACAGUCUUAA